AACACAUCAAAAUUGAAACGAGAAGUUCGUCAGAUGAAGAGGUAGCUUCCACUCUCUUGUUCUUGCGGAAAUAAUUUGACAGUGUAAUCUUUUUUUUCUCACAUGCUGGAAAUUUGAAGUGACCCUCUGCAGGAUCAAACUCGCACUUUGCCUCGCACUUGGCUCGUGCACUCCUGCAGCUUGCUUUAUUGGUCCAGAGCACGCAGAGUCAGAUUCUGACGCAGCCGAAGCACCUAUCCGCGCGAGGGCACACUGACACCUGACGGCCCCAUCACUCGACACGCCGGUUUUUCCUAUCACGACCACUUCGGCUCUGCAGUGCAGGGACUGCUGUGUUAUAUGGAAGCAGAACCUGUGCACACGGUCGUAAUCAUGCUGCCUCCAAAAAACUGCCUGCCGAGGAACUACAGCUGCAUAGCUGGACUCUUCGGGAGCCUGGCAGCGGCAAACCCGAGGCUAGAAGAUGGGGAGGAUUUUGACCUGAUGAACGCUACAUGUGAGCCCAUCGAGAGCCCCGUUGUGGAUGAGAGACCGCGGGGCAGAGAGAUCUUCCUGAAGCCUCCACAGAGUCCAAACCUACGGCGGAGGUGCAAGUCGCUCCCCACGCCCACCGAGAGAGCAAAGUUAGAGAUCUCCCGCAGCAGGAGUCCAACCAGUCAGAAAAAGGUCCGAUUCGCUGACUCCCUUGGCCUGGAGCUCAUCACAGUGAAGCACUUCGAUGAAUUGGAUGAGCCAGAGGUGCCGGAGCGCAUUUUGGCGAAAAUCCCAAAAGGACCACUCCACCUUGGUCAUAUGGACACAAAGUUCCCCCGGGCUCCAUCGCACUCUGUGUUCAUGGAGCUGCAGUUCACCAACCCAGGCACACUACCCGGCUUUGAGCAGAAAGUGAGGGAGGUGAAAGUGAUGCUGGAGUGCGUGGAGGCGGAUGAAUUCUGUCUGUCUGGUUUUGUGCGCGUGUUGAAUCUUGCUUUUGAAAAGAGCGUGUCUUUACGAUAUUCUCUGAACAACUGGAUAACAUUUAUGGACAGUAUGGCUUCAUAUGUGCCUAGUUCAUCCAACGGUGUCACUGAUAAGUUCUGUUUCAAAGUCGUAAUGCCCACAUCCUUCGAUAACGGAGGCACAUUGCAGUUUGCGAUCAAAUACUGUGUUGAGGGGGAAGAAUUCUGGGACAAUAAUAACGGAAACAACUACAAAGUGCGGCGUCACCGGUACAAGAUGUCCCCACCGCGAGAGUGGGAGAACGGUUGGAUUCACUUUAUCUGAGCUUUGUUGGUUGCAGCGGCACACAGUGUGCGUAAUUUACACGUAACGGAUCCCCGGGUACCUUAAAUAAGACUGUAGACUGUGUAAAAUGAUUUUUCCUCUGCCAUUGUCAGCUACAGUGAAAACUAUUACCCUGAGUAAAAUUAAUAUUUGUCCCUCCCCCUGUUAUCACAGAUUGAGUGUUACAGACCACUAUAAAAGCCUUUGAUGGGUGCCCGGUGUGGGAUGCUGUUAGAUAAUUUGCCUUGAUGUCAGGGCUCUGUACAGCUGGGUGCCCUUUGGGAGGGCAUGUUGAAGUUAUGUAAAGUAGAGACACGUGCCACGGAAAACGUGCCGGGCAAUGCCGAUUUCAAGCAUCACUGCUCCUGCCAGGAGAUGCUUUCAUUUAUUCAGUGGCAUGAAGAUUUAUGAAACAUCAGUUUCUUUUGCAUGGAAGAAAAAAAAUCCUAAUGGGGAAGCAGAGAACAUCUAAUGUUGGCUAAUGCAGAUGCCAGGUGAACCUAGAGCAGCAUCCUCCUUUGAGAUCUGUGAGAGUAGGCCUGAUCUGCAGGCUUAGGGGAAGGUACACACAUCUUAUAUGUUGCAGGUUUUCUCAUUAGAAAUUCAAUGUCUAACUUCCCACUGACAUGCCGCUUAAAGAUGCCUUAUUAUGAGACUUAUUGUGGGAAGUUGUGCUUUGAAUGUUAUGUUGUAUUUUCUCUAUUAUACUUGAACAGCGUAUACAGUAGAUGGUCAUCAUUUAGCAUUGGGUUUAAGAUCAGCUACUUAGACACUUGAAAUGAGUGUUUUAAAAUAUGUAGACUUCCAGUCCAGUUACAUUGCACUCAGAGAUGAAUUGAACUACAUUUAAGUCCUGGUUUGCAACUUUUCAACAUUCAUUGCAUAUUUCUUUGCUGCAAUGAUGGUAAAGGUAUUCUAAAUUUCACAAUCAAGAAUGCCUGUCCAAAGUCUGAAAACAAUGGAGUUAAAUUUUCUGCAAAAUAAAAUACCCAACCAUUAAGUGUAUUCUCAAAUCAUAAAAGCAAAGUUUAAUAAGAAUAGCUUUUCACUCUUACUGAAGUUUGACUUGAUGUUCUCCCCUAAGAGGACAUUAUUUUAGUAGCAGUUUUGCCUGAUCACAUUACCUCAAAUUACUCGUGGACUUAUGCUCUCCUCCUUCAGGUUAAUUGAUACAGAACAGAUCUUAUUUUCACAGGAAUUUUUUCUAAGCAUUAUUGUGCAUUUGCAUAUUCAAGGCACAACUCUUUUUUAUUUCUAAUGUUCCUUACUGCACUUAUUUUUUCACAGAACGUAAUGUCAACAGACAAAGUAGCUAUUAUACACCAACAACUGUUAUACUAGUCUCUACUACAUGAUAAUAACCUCAUUAACCACUGUGCAAGAAAACUGCUGCUCCUCACAUCCCAUAUGACCAUAACAGUUUGAACUGCCCUGCCGGCAGACUUUUGCAUCCUUAGAUAGUAAACUAUUUUCAGAUUACUGUUUUAAGUAGCCUUGAUGUUACAUAACCAGUCUGUCCUUUGCAGACUACUAAUAUUGCAUCCAUAGGUUUAUAAUCACUUCACUGGCCAGUAUCCGCCUGCUCCGGAUCAUUUGUAACAUGUACUCAGGCUUGCAUGUUUUAGGCAGACAAGUUUAACGAAAUGCAAAUAUCCACAGUGCUUUUGAAUAACUGUCUGAUAUCAGCAAUGUGCGGAGAUGCAGAACGUUUUGCCUAAGUUCAGUGAGUAGAGGGACAACAGCAAGAUGCUUUUUUUUUCCAGUGCUCUGACUGUAAUCUGAACAUCACUUUGUCCUUUGUUUACAUCAGUAAGGCCUCAGAGGGAAGCUAAUAAUAAUAAUAAUAAUGAAUUUUAUUUAUCACGCACUUUACAUUUGGAGCAAAUCUCAAAGUGCUACAGGGCAUAAUAAAGCUCUUCAUUUAAUGAGGCCAGAGGGUUGGGUUGUGGAAAAAUUCUAUCCUUGUAACCACUUAGUGUUUUGAAAACAUCAGUAAUGAUAGUUUCUGACAUGGUUUCUUUUGGAACUUCAGUGUCAUACCUGGAAUUUUUUAUAAUAGUUUCGCUAAAGUGAGAGAUGGCUAGCACUGGGCUGAUAUUUCAGACAGUGCUUUUUCAUGUACAAAGCUGAAUUUCUUUUAUUAAUUUCUGACACACUGUGGUAUAUAUAGUUCAGCCAUGGCAGAACUUACUGUGUAUUAUCUUGUCUGCUUUGGUAUGUGAAACUUUGUAUAGGCAUUAAUGCUAUGCACUACCAGAUAGCAUUAAAUAUCAAACCAGAGACCACUGAUGCAAGUGUAGAGAUCAAUCAAUAUCAAUCGUUUUGUGCUAACACAGAUUCUAUUUUUAUUUAAAAAUUUGGCUCUGACUAACAAGUUCUGUUCAACAGCUCUAGAUCGCUAGUCUGAAAAACAUGUUUUCUCUAAGUGCAUCUAUAUAUGGCAUUUUAUUUUAAAUUUCAGAAAACAAAAUGAGUAAACCUGUAAAGUUAUUCAAGCUUUGGCCUGAUUUCUCCCACACUGCUGUUGUUCUUGGUGCAUAAAAGAUAUGAAGGGCUUCUGGUCUCAUUAGAUGCUCAUCUUAAUGUAACAUAACAUUCUUGCAUCAGAGCUCACUGAUAUAUAGAUGUGUAUGUAAAUGUUUUAAUGUUUCAUAUUGAAUGUCCUCUAUUUACUGUUCUGUGUCAAAUGUAUUUUAAGCAUCUGAAAAGCAGGAAUGAAAGACUUGAAUUGUAAAAGUUUGUUUUCUGAGGGGCGUGUUUAGUUAAAAGAGCCUAAACAGGAAUUCCUUAAGCACACUUACUAUUUGAUUAAGUAACAAACAUUGCUUAAAUCAGAUAGAUUAACGCUGCUUAUCAAAUUGGUAUUAUGACUCAAUGAGAUCAUGUGUAAAUAUGGGGAGUGACCCCUGAAAUAUGUCCCAAAAUGUGACCAGUGCACUUGAACAAAAUGACUACAUUUGAAACUCCAUGUGCACAACUUUAUGUGCACUCUGCCUUACUAAAAUGUUGGUACACUCAGAGACACAAAACAAAGCUGGAAGAAUGCAAGUGCUUGUUUGGACCGAGAGAACGUAAUUGCACAAGGACAAAGGUUGGGAAAAUGAUUAAAGCAAGAUGCACUUUGGUGUUUGAAAACUUUAGAAAAGAGUGACUUAUGAUUGUAGUAGACUCAGUCACAGCAGGUGUAAUGCACUUUGAGUGAAGACAAGGUAAAGGUCAGGGUUGCAAGUCCCUAAAUAUAAGAAAACUUGUCCUGUGAAUAGCUGCUAACCAAGAUGCUUUCCAUCCUUUGUUUUACAUUACUGUCUUUUCUCUCACAGUGGAAAGCCUAAACCACUUCUGUCUUUAUUGUAACCACUGUAAAUCACUGAGUUUAUUUCAGUUUGUGUUUUUGGUUUCAUUAGCAAAGCCUUAUUUUUGUUGUAACACCUGCAGCAAACUGGCAGUGUUAAUCUGUAAUGUUGCUGUUUGUUUUCUUAAAUUAUUUUGCAGUGAAUGUUAGUCAUAUUUGCAUGUACAGCUGUAACAUACCUUUACUUUUAUGUUUGGUUUUUAAUGUAACCUAAAUUUUGUUUUAACAAUGGUCAAUAAAAUGAUUU